AUGCAAACACAUGCCAUUGGAGACGAAGACGACCCUAGCAACAAACAACACGCCAACAGUUUUCACGGCAUUGAAAUCGACGUGCAAGAUACAGAGUAUCUCGAGGACGACCUGUGCAACCUCCGAUUGCGGCGACUGGGAGAGUUACAGCAGCUCAUCUACAUCCUUCCUAUGGCUAAGGCCAACCUCCAAGCCCAAGACGACGACAUCUUUUCUCUCAAAGAGAAAGUGCAAGAGUUUUUAGCGAGUCAACGUCAAGUGAUGCUUAUUCUAGGUGAUUCAGGAGCUGGCAAGUCAACAUUUAAUCGGCACUUGGAACACCAACUCUGGACCGACUACAAGCAAGGCGGGCCUAUCCCUCUCUACAUCAACCUUCCCACCAUUGACGACCCAGAACAUGAUCUGAUCGAGAAGCAGUUGCAGCACCACUACUUCUCGAAGGGCCAGAUCCAAGAGAUGAAGCAGCACCGACAGUUUAUUCUUAUCUGUGAUGGCUACGAUGAGAGCCAGCUCAAGAUCAACAUCCACACCACCAACCAGUUCAACCAGCCGGGACAGUGGAAAUCCAAGAUGGUCAUCAGCUGCCGCAGUCAGUUCUUGGAAUCGGACUACCGCUCUCGAUUCCAGCCUCAGCCUAUCGAUCGGGACCAGUCUACUUGGACAAAUCUCUUUCAAGAAGCUGUUAUUGCGCCUUUCUCCAAGGAACAGAUCGAGGAGUAUGUCACCUGCUACGUCCCGCUCGAGCCUCGACCUUGGGUUACGGAGGACUAUAUGCGGAUGCUCACCACUAUCCCCAACCUCAUGGACCUGGUCAAGAUCCCCUUCCUUCUGACGCUAGCGCUCGAAGCUUUGCCAUCCAUUGCCGAGGGCAAGCAGGAUCUCUCGACCGUCAGGGUGACUCGCGUUCAACUCUUUGAUAUCUUCGUUGAACGCUGGCUGCAUGUCAAUAAACGUCGUCUCCAGGACAAUGAUUUGUCACAGGAUCACCGACGAGUCUUCAAUGAGCUAUUGGGCGCAGGCUUUGUGUCGAUGGGCACUGACUACGCCAUGAGGCUGGCGCUGGCGAUCUUUGAGAGACAGAAUGGAACCCCAAUUGUCCAGUACACCCACUUUCAUGACCACGACACCUGGAAGGAAGAGUUCUUUGGAACAGAUCCAGUUGUGCGACUGUUGCAGGAAUCUUGUCCCUUGACUCGCACAGGCAACCAGUUCCGGUUCCUUCACAGGUCCAUGCAGGAGUAUUUCUUUUCUCGAGUCGUGUACAACCCGGUCGGAACGGACGAUGACUCUACAAUGGAAACGGAAGCACCUUCCUCUACCCCCCAUGAGUUCGACCCUAGUAACCCGUUGUUCCGGCAUAACUUGCUUACUGAACCCUCCGUAAUUCAAUUCCUAUGCGACCGCGUAAAACUGGACUCGACUUUUAACCAGCAGCUCCUCUCUGUCGUCAACCUUUCCAAGACCGAUGCCGCCGUCACCACCACUACUGGCGCCACCAACGCCAUGACGAUCCUAGUCCGAGCUGGUGUGGCCUUUCACGACGCCGAUUUCCGCGGGGUCAAGAUCCCUGGUGCCGAUCUUUCGGCUGGUCAGUUUGACUAUGCGCAGUUCCAAGGAGCAGACUUGACAGGCGUCAAUCUUACGAGGAGCUGGUUGCGAGAGGCGGAUUUGAGCAGCACAAUGAUGGAGGGCGUCCAAUUUGGGGAACUCCCGUGCCUCAAGUUGGAUGAUAAUGUGGUUGUCUGUACCUACUUGUCUGAUGGAAGAACUCUUGCCGUGGGUGCAGGGCGUUGGGUAGUCGACGUUAGCAUUUACGACACCUCGUCAUGGACGAGGACCUAUUCCUUUACUGGAUGGGAUGAAGCGCAAACUACGGCAUUUUCACCCGACGGCACAAGGGUCGUGUUUGGAGGGAGAGAUGGAGUGGUUAGGCUGUGGGAUUGUACCAGGGGCCAUGAGAUAUCCGGCAUGGAAGGGCACCAGUCCGAUGUGAACUCCGUAGCCUUUUCUCCCUGUGGCGAGCAAAUCGCCUCGGCCGGAGAUGACCAAACAGUUCGAUUGUGGGAUUCGUAUACCGAAGAGAGUCUCUUUGUCUUGGAAGGUCACACGAGCGAAGUCUUGAGUGUCAAAUAUUCUCCGAGCGGGGAGUGGCUGGUGUCGGGCGGUUCCGAUGGGACGAUUCGGUUUUGGAACUCGGAGACCAGAGAAGUAGGGAUUGUGUUGGACUCUUCCUUGGGUGAUGUUCGUACAAUUGCCUUUUCUACUGAUGGACGGUGGAUUGUUUCUGGCCAUGGAGGGGGCGGAUUGCAACUUUGGCAUGCCGUGUCUGGAGAGCCAGGUCCUGUCCUGCAUGGCCAUACUAGAGACGUUACGGGCGUUGCGUUUUCUCCAAACAGCCGGUGGAUCGCUUCAUCCAGCCUGGACGGAACGGUGAGACUAUGGGACGCGUCGACAGGCACUCACAUUAACACGCUGUCAGGCCACAUGGCAGAAGUGAACGAUGUUGUCUUUUCUCCAGAUGGCCUUCAAAUCGCAUCGGGUGGUGAUGACAGCAGGGUGCGACUGUGGGAUGUCGACUCUAUUUUGACGUCGAGUGUUGAGCAGCUGGAUCAAUUUGGGGCUGUAGGGAACACAGUGUACUCCUCAAAUGGCCAAUACAUUCUUACAGUCGACAACUGCCAAACCGUCAAGCAGUGGGAUUCUCUCACAGGAGCGCCUGUACCACUUCCGAUUGCGUUACCAGGACAUGUAUCAGUCAAGUCUGUGUCAUAUUCAUUAGACGACAUCCCAACCGCGGUCGUCGAUCGAGACGGGACUCUUCGAUUGUGUGAGUUUCAGGCAGGAAGUCCAAAGACUAUUCUGGAAGGCUCAGGGAAGGCAAAGCACGUCGCCAUGUCGCCAUGCUGUCGUUGGAUUGCUUCUACUGACCGGGACAAUACCGUGAUGCUGUGGAACCUUAACAACACUCAACGAAUGCACGUGCUUAUUGAGAAUGGCGGAGUCGAUGGCGAAGAAAUCAAUUGCUUGGCAUUCUCGACGACCGGACAUCAGCUCGCAAUCGGAACUGGGGCUGGCAACAUCUGGCUCUUCGAUCCUCAAUCGAAAGGUCUAAUAACCUCCAUAUCGACACAUCGGGGUAUUGAGGCGAUGUCGUUUUCGCCAGAAGGCCAGCAGCUUGCAGUUGGAACCGAGGAUUACUUGAUCUACCUUUGGGGCUUACAGUCAGAGGAGCGUGCCAUCGAGCUGAGAGGACACACAGAGGAGCUGUUGUGCAUUGCUUACUCACUUUGCAGCGAGUGGAUUGCUUCCGGCGAUUUGGAUAAAACAGUUCGAGUCUGGCGCAGGCAGCGACCACCAGGCGACACGGAGAGCUGGUCGUGUGUCUCGACGCUUCACUGUUACUUUGAUAUAGUCAUUGACAUUGCCUGGAGUCCGACCGUCCGUAUGGAAUUUGUCACUGGCUGCAGAGACGGAUCUGUCCGAGUCUGGCGAGUGUCGAGCGAUGGUGAGGAUGUUGUCGUUAAGCUACUCUGGGGUACCAAUCUUGGGGUUCUCCAGGCCGAGGGUCUUGUGCUCAAGGGUACGACUGGUCUAGGUUUUACGGAGCAAAAGUUGUUGGUCCAGUGCGGCGCCAUUGACGACUCGUUAACAUUGGAGGAAGAUGGACGAUCGGACGUUGAGGAGUAG